CUCUAACGAGCCAGACUAACACAUGUUUCUCUCCAGUCCACUCCUUAAUUCCGCUUCCUGCCCGUCGCCAGUCGACAACUCAUCCCGUCCCUUACACCACCACACUCCUUUGUCGCGAUCCGAUUGAACUUGUCGUGUCAUCCAUAGACACCCAAACUACACCACUCCGGUCGAACUCACAACCACCCACCCACCACCAACACAACUCCCACACACAUCCACAACCUCUCCCUCCAGACCACCGCCAAAAUGGGCAACGUCAUGUCCCUCGGCUUCAUGGCCAAGCUCUUCGGCACCAAAGAAGUCCGUGUACUCAUGCUCGGUCUCGACGCCGCCGGCAAGACCACCAUCCUGUACAAGCUCAAGCUACAAGACCACGUCACCACCAUCCCCACGGUCGGCUUCAACGUCGAGACGGUCACCCUCCGAAACAUCAAGUUCAACAUCUGGGACGUCGGCGGCCAGGACAAGAUCCGUCCCCUCUGGCGCCAUUACUACUCAGGUACCCAGGGUCUGAUUUUCGUGGUGGACAGCGCGGACCAUAACAGAAUCGACGAGGCGCGGGUGGAGUUGCAUCGGAUUAUCAAUGAUCGCGAGAUGAAGGACUGCUUGUUGUUGGUGUUUGCUAACAAGCAGGAUAUUGCUGGUGCCAUGACUCCCCAGGAAGUCACCGAGAAGCUCCAGCUCAACAAGCUCAAGGACCGCAUCUACGCCGUACAACCCACCAUUGCGAUAGACAAGGCCGGUCUGCAGGAGGGCUUCAACUGGCUGUCCGAUAACAUGAAGGCUGCCCAGAAGCAGUGAUCGAUUUCUAGCCUCGAUCGAUUACGACAUCAAUAAAACACACACAGGGAGGGCCGCCCGCUCGGAGUCGACGUAUGGGAUCUGACUGGUUGGCCGGCCGGCCGGCUGUCUAAUUACUCUAGCUGGCUAGCUGGCUUGCUCGGUCGGCCGGAAGGCUUCCCCGUCCGUUACUUCCAAGCUUCAGUCCCGUAGAUGGAUAAUGACAACCUCGCUUCGAGACAAGAUCGCAAGAAAACCGAUACCCCCAGUCAGACCGAAGCCCUGACUCUAUGGCGGUGGCCCAGGCCACAAGAAAGAAAGGAAUGGAAGAAGGGAGGGGAAGUUGGUCAUGACACAUCCCAAGAAAUGCUUUUUGUUCUAACGAAAACGGGAGAUGUUCAAGCCUCGGCUCGGGGUACGCAACGAACAGAAGGACUUGGCUUGGCUGGGUGGGCAAGAAAGAGAGGAGGAAGAAGAAGCAUAAAGGACAACGAAAAAUAAUCCGUAAUUUACCCUAGUCACCUGAUUUGUGUUGUUGUUGUCGUUGUUGUUGUUUGGCGCGUGGCUUUUGACAUCCUUUUUGUUUGGUUAGCACAGAGAGGGAAGCUAGGGGAAGGGGGGAGACAGUAACAGCUACCUUGGUUGGUUGGAGCUGAAUACAAAAGAGAGGUAGAAGGACAGAGACAGAGACAGAGAGAGAGAGAGACAUAUUGGUGGUGGAGGCAUCAUAGGAUACCCGGGUAACUUGUUUUUUCUUCUUCCUUUUUUUAUACCUAACUUUUUUUGUUUUAUAGCGAGCUUCGUCGGCAGUUGUAUGAAGAGAGAAAGAGAGUUGUCGGU